AUGCUUCGCUUCGCGCUGGGCUCGGGCAACGAGACCACGCGACAGUUUUUUCUGCAAGAGAAAGGCGUUGGCGUCCUCUUGCGCUACAUCUUCCGCAAAGGGAAGAAGGACCCCUCUGCCGGCCCAGACCAACGGGCACGAGGCGUGUUGAAUGCGCUGAUCAAGGUGGAGGGCGAGCACUUCCCGGCGGUGAUGGCGGACUUCCUGCAGAAAGGAGGCGUUUCGGCCUUGCAGGAGGGGACGGAGUUGCUCCGACAUCCAGGUUUUGCUGACUUCAUCUCGAAGCUCCUGUGGAUCGCCUGGGACGUUCAGGUCCAACAGGUCUUCUUCGCCGAAAGCUCUCGCCCAGAGGCCUUGGCCCUCCUCUCGCAGCUCUUCGUGUGCCCCUCGAAGGGCGCCAGGGUUUGCGCAGGGCUGCUCUUGGCCAACGCCUUGUGCCACGACCAGCUGGGCGCCGAGCGCAACGCGGCCCAGGCGGCCGAAGGACUUCGGCAGCUGACGGAGGAGAUGGCUUCUUUGGGCUCGUGGGAGAGCCAAGAGCCCGAAGACGUGGAGGUGAGGAACCUCGUUCAAGGCUUAGGCCAAAACGCCGAGCGCUUCGGACGGAUCCUGACCUGUGCACAAGCACCCUGGGAGCAGAACCAGGGCCAGCUUCCUGACGAGGGGAGUCCCUUGUGGCCGGGUGCAACCUUCAGCUUGUGGUGCCUCCUGCGGAUGAAGCCGGACCCCUCCAGGCUCUCCCAGCUGCGGCCUGCCCUGCCGGCGGUGGCACAGGGCGCUCCACCACGCGCACGGUGGUUGGCGGGCGAGCUGCUCCUGCAAUUGCAGCUACAGGUGCCCAGCCAAUUGGAUUCCAAGAUGGAUGCCAUCGUGGAGACCAGUAUUCAGGAGCGCACAGCACUGGAGUUGUCCUUGCAGGAGAUGUUUGAGCAUACGCGACGCAGCCUCCAAUCCGAGCUGGGUGAAAGCUCCCAGGUCAUUGAGACACAGCAGCGUUUGCUGGAGCUGCGACAGCAGCCCUUACCGAUGGCCACGGGCUCAUCGGUCGCUGGAAGCGGAUGGCAUCAACCCCUGGAGGCGGCCUUGGCAAAGCUCCAAACAGCGCGAGAGGAGCUGAGCCGAGCGCUGACCGAUGCUGCGCGGCAGCGCGAGACCGCUCAAAGUGCUGUGCACGACGUGCUUGAGAUGGAAUUGACCACUGAUAGCGCGGAGGACCAGCAAAUGGACCAGCAGCUGCAGUGUAUGCGGCAGACGGAGGCAGAGUACACUGCCCGGCACUCGGAGCAAGAGCAGCAAAGCUCCCUGCUCAAGUCGCAAGAGGAGGAGGUUGCCACGGCUAACACGGCCAUGGAGGCAGCCGACAAGGUGCUCCAAGAGAUGCGAAGCCGCAUCGCCGGCUACGAGGCUGACAUCUCCAGCCGGCAGCGGGAGGUGCAGCACAAGCGCACCAUGGCAUCCUCAGACAUGCAGGCCGCACGGGAUCAGCUCUCGAGUGAGUUGGACGGCAUCAAGCAGAAGCAGACGAAGCUUCGCGAACGUGCUUUACAACUCCAAUCUGAGGGACAAGACGCGCCGGACAAGGCCAGGGAGAUGGACCGCCUCAAGGCAGAGGCCGGCCGUUUGAAAGCAAGAGCAGCGGAGUUGACGCAGGAAUUGCAGGCCGCUUCUGUGGACCCACAGCAGCUGGAGCAACAGGCUCAAGCAGCAGAGCACGCUGUGCAGCACUUGGGGGAGCAGCGAGACGACCUUCGAGGUCAAUUGCAAA